CUCCUCCCCUCCCUCCCCUGCCUUCCCCGCGAGCGGACGCGGCAGCGCCUCGGUCUCGCUUUUUCUUAUUUCCUCCCCCCCCUCCUUUUCUUUUCUUUUUUUUUUUUUUCUCCCUUCCCCCUUUCACCAUUUCCCCUCGAAGCCGCUUCCCCCGGGCAGGGGCAGAGCCGGCCUCCUCCCCCGCCUCUCCCCGGCCCCCGCCGCCCUAUGGCGAGUGGGAGCCCCCUCCUCACCCGGGCACCAGCGGCGGCGGUCGGAGGAGCAGGACCGGCGGUGACGGCGGUGACGGCGGCGGCGGCGGCCUCGGGUCCGAGGUCAUCAUGGAACUAAUUCGCUGACUGACCUACGGCCGCGGCCGUGCGUCCCGCUCGAACGCCUGCGCCCCACCCCGGGCCCGGUCCCCCUCUGGUCCCUCCUCAUCGGCCCGGCCCUCGUCCCGCGCGCCCUGCCGCCGCGAGCCCCAGGGGAUGAAGUGGUAACGGGCCCCCGGAUGACCCCGCGUCACCACUGCGAAGCCUACAGCUCUGCCGGGGAGGAGGAGGAGGAGGAAGAGGAGGAGAGGUAGCUACAUCAGGCUGGGUGGCAGACAGCUCCAUUGGAUAUCAUGAAGCUUCCAGGACCAUUAGAACAUCAGAGAUUGUCUUUCCUAUUGGAAAAGGCAAUCUCUAGGGAAGCCCAGAUGUGGAAGGUGAAUGUGCCUAAAAUGCCUACAAAUCAGAAUGUUUCUCCAUCCCAGAGAGAUGAAGUAAUUCAGUGGCUGGCUAAGCUCAAGUACCAGUUCAACCUUUACCCAGAAACAUUUGCUCUGGCUAGCAGUCUUUUAGACAGAUUUUUAGCUACUGUAAAGGCCCAUCCAAAAUAUUUGAGUUGUAUUGCAAUCAGUUGUUUUUUCCUAGCUGCCAAGACUGUUGAAGAAGAUGAGAAAAUUCCAGUGCUGAAGGUGUUGGCAAGAGAUAGUUUCUGUGGCUGUUCCUCAUCUGAAAUUUUGAGAAUGGAGAGAAUUAUUCUGGAUAAGUUGAAUUGGGAUCUUCAUACAGCCACACCAUUGGAUUUUCUUCACAUUUUUCAUGCUAUUGCAGUGUCAACUAGGCCUCAGUUACUUUUCAAUUUUCCCAUAUUGAGCCCAUCUCAACAUUUGGCAGUACUUACCAAGCAGCUACUUUAUUGUAUGGCCUGCAACCCACUUGUGCAAUUCAAAGGAUCUAUGCUUGCACUGGCUAUGGUUAGUUUGGAAAUGGAGAAACUCAUUCCCGAUUGGCUUCCUCUUACAAUCGAACUGCUUCAGAAAGCACAGAUGGAUAGCUCCCAGUUGAUUCACUGUCGGGAGCUAGUGGCACAUCAUCUUUCUACUCUGCAGUCUUCCCUGCCUCUAAAUUCCGUUUAUGUCUACCGUCCCCUCAAGCACACCCUGGUGACCUCUGACAAAGGAGUGUUCCGAUUACAUCCCUCCUCUGUCUCAGGCCCAGAUUCCUCCAAGGACAACAGCAAGCCAGAAGUGCCAGUCAGAGGUUCAGCAGCCUUCUGUCAUCAUGUCCCAGCUGCCAGCGGGUGUAAGCACACCUCUGCUAAACGCAAAGUAGAGGAAAUGGAAGUGGAUGAAUUCUAUGAUGGAAUUAAACGGCUCUAUAAUGAAGAGAAUGCUUCAGAAAAUGUGGGUUCUGUGUGUGGCACUGAUUUGUCAAGACAAGAGGGACAUACUUCCCCUUGUCCUCCUCUGCAGCCUGUUUCUGUCAUGUAGUUUUCACCCAAGUGUUAGUUAACCUGCCAGGGCAAACUAAGGUUGACUACUCUGGAAUGAAAACAUACCAAACCAGGAAAGGCUGUACAGUACAGGCUGUUUUGAAGUGAGCCAGC